UGCUCUCCCACCUGCAGGGACCCGCAGUGCGGGUUAUGCUGGGGGCUUGGAUCAUCGUGGACAAUGGACAACCAGGACAGCACCAUGGAAAAAUGGCAGGACGACCAUGAAGAGGGGCUGGAGGACACUCUGGAACAGGAGGAAUAUGAGGACCCAUAUGUCCCCAUGGUUCAGGUGGAGGAGCCAGUAGCUUACCCCACUGAGCCGACAGCCACAGACGAAGACACCGUAACACACCCAGACACCACACCACGCGCAGGCACCCACGAGAUCUAUGUGGAGUUGCACGAACUGGUGAUGGAUGAGAAGAACCAGGAGUUGCAGUGGAUGGAGGCAGCGCACUGGGUGCGGCUGGAGGAGAACCUGGGGGAGGACGGGGUCUGGGGCCCCCCACACCUGUCCUACCUCACCUUCUGGAGCCUCCUGGAGCUGCAGAAAGCCUUCGUCAAGGGCACUGUCCUCCUGGAUCUGCCAGAGACCUCCCUAGCGGGAGUGGCCAACCAGCUGCUGGAUCAGUUUAUCUACGAGGAGCAGAUUCGGCCUCAGGACCGAGACCUCCUGCUCCGGGUCCUGCUGCUCAAGCACAGCCACGCCGGAGACCUGGAGGCCCUGGGCGGUGUGAAGCCCGCGGUUCUGAUGCGUUCCGGGGACCCCUCACAGCCUCUGCUCCCCCAGCAACCCUCAUUAGAGACGCAGCUCUUCUGUAAACAGGGAGAGGGGGGCACAGAGGAUUCACCAUCUAGAAUUCUGGAAAAGAUUCCCCCAGAUUCAGAGGCCACCCUGGUGCUAGUGGGCCGAGCGGCGUUCCUGGAGCGCCCGGUACUGGGCUUCGUGCGGCUGCAGAUGGCCACAGAGCUGGACGCUGUGGGGCUGCCUCUGCCUGUACGCUUCCUCUUCGUGUUGCUGGGACCCGAGGCCCCCAACACCGACUACACCCAGCUGGGUCGGGCUGUUGCCACCCUCAUGUCGGAGCGGGUGUUCCGCACUGAUGCCUACCUGGCCCAGACCAAAGAGGAGCUAGUCCGCAACCUGGACUGCUUCCUGGACUGCAGCCUUGUGCUGCCGCCCUGCGAAGUCCCCUCAGAGCAGGCCCUGCUCAGUCUGGUGCCCGUCCAGAAGGAGCUGCUGCGGAGGCGUUACCUGCUCAGCCCCGCCAAGCCGGACCCCCACUUCUACAAGGGCCUAGAUUUGAAUGGGGGACCCGGGGGCCCUGGUGAGUCCGACGACCCUCUGCAGCGGACAGGCCUACUCUUUGGGGGCCUGGUGCGUGACAUUCGGCGCCGCUACCCCCUCUACUUGAGUGACAUCACAGACGCGUUCAGCCCCCAGGUCCUGGCCGCUGUCAUAUUCAUCUACUUUGCUGCCCUGUCACCUGCCAUCACCUUCGGCGGCCUCCUGGGAGAAAAGACCCAGAACCAGAUGGGGGUGUCGGAGCUGCUCAUCUCCACCGCGGUGCAGGGCAUCCUCUUCUCCCUGCUCGGGGCUCAGCCCCUGCUUGUGGUUGGCUUCUCAGGACCCCUGCUUGUGUUUGAAGAAGCCUUUUUCUCGUUCUGCACUAGUAACAACCUGGAGUACAUCGUGGGUCGUGUGUGGAUCGGCUUCUGGCUCGUCCUGCUCGUGGUGCUUAUGGUUGCUUUCGAGGGCAGCUUCCUAGUCCGCUUCAUCUCCCGCUACACCCAAGAGAUCUUUUCCUUCCUCAUCUCCCUCAUCUUCAUCUAUGAGACCUUCAUCAAGCUGAUCAAGAUCUUCCAGGACCAUCCACUGCAGAGGUAUUAUGACUACAAUAUGACAAUCAUACCCAAACCUCAGGGUCCCCUGCCCAACACAGCCCUCCUCUCUCUUGUGCUUAUGGCUGGCACCUUCUUCUUCGCCAUGAUGCUGCGCAAGUUCAAGAACAGCUCCUACUUCCCUGGCAAGCUGCGACGGGUCAUUGGGGACUUCGGGGUUCCCAUCUCCAUUCUGAUCAUGGUCAUGGUGGAUUUUUUCAUCACGGACACCUACACCCAGAAACUCAGUGUGCCUAGAGGCCUUUCAGUGUCCAACGCCUCAGCCCGGGGCUGGGUCAUCCACCCACUGGGCUUGUAUUCGCCUUUCCCCAUCUGGAUGAUGUUUGCCUCUGUCCUGCCUGCCCUGCUGGUCUUCAUCCUCAUCUUCCUGGAGUCCCAGAUCACCACGCUCAUUAUCAGCAAACCAGAGCGCAAGAUGGUCAAGGGCUCUGGCUUCCACCUGGACCUGCUGCUGGUCAUAGGCAUGGGCGGUGUGGCUGCCCUCUUUGGGAUGCCCUGGCUCAGUGCCACCACCGUUCGUUCAGUCACCCACGCCAAUGCGCUCACUGUCAUGGGCAAGGCGAACAUCCCGGGAGCUGCCCCCCAGAUUCAGGAGGUCAAGGAGCAGCGGAUCAGUGGGCUUCUGGUCGCUGUGCUCGUGGGCGUGUCCAUCCUCAUGGGGCCCAUCCUGUCCCUCAUCCCCCUGGCUGUGCUGUUUGGCAUCUUCCUCUACAUGGGGGUCACGUCCCUCAGCGGCAUCCAGUUAUUUGACCGCGUCUUGCUUCUCUUCAAGCCGCCCAAGUACCACCCGGAUGUGCCCUACGUCAAGCGGGUAAAGACCUGGCGCAUGCACUUAUUCACGGUCAUCCAGAUCAUCUGCCUGGCAGUGCUGUGGACAAUGAAAACCUUCCCGACCACCUCCCUGACCCUGCCCUUCAUCCUCAUCCUCACUGUGCCUCUGCGCCGCCUCUUGCUGCCACUCAUCUUCAGGAAGCUGGAGCUCCAGUGUCUGGAUGCUGACGAUGCCAAGCCGACCUUCAAUGAAGAGGAAGGUCAGGAUGAAUACAAUGAGGUGCACAUGCCCGUGUGAGGGGAAGGUGUGAGCCUCAGAGCCCCCUCCACCCUCCCACUUCCCCACUCUCCCAGGAAAAGCAGAAGUUUAUGGGUAUCUCAUCGACUCU